UUGCACACUCUUAUUUCAGCUAAUUUCACUCACCGCUAGAGCUCGCGACUGGGCCAAAAUAGAGCCUAUAAGCAAAGAGCCAUGACUCGCUAAACAAGGUUUAGAAAUGGAAGAGAGGAAAAAGAAGAACGACACGGAAUCCACGCCCUCGCGCGCUGGUACGCGAGACCCACGCGACAAAGGAGAAUCUCUCUCGCGCUUUCGAACACGCAGCUAAUCGUGGCGGACGCACUUAGAACCAUCGCAGAAAGGAACGGCAUCGUCCUAUACUACCUGUCAUGGGCUUCGGUGUACCUGGCGGCAUCGAAAUUCACCGCCUCCUCCAAGGUAGCCUGUCAACCAUCUCGGAAGAGACGCCAUCCCGCAAGACGCCUUCCUCGAUUGCACUCGCUGCAAUUCCAGAUGCGGCCAAGGAUGACAUGUCUUACGCGUUCAGUAACUUGACCAUCGAAGACGUCCUCCCAGACAAUCGGGACCUCGUGCUCAAGCCGUGGUACAAGGUCGACGAACGCACUUGCGGCAGCCACACAGGACCACCCCGGAGGCUGUUUCCGAUGGCCGAGUGGUACCAGCUCGUUGACAUCGGCGUCAAGGACAGCGUGGCUGAGUGUAAGACCAUGCAAGCAUCAGUAACCAUGCAAGGAGCCUGGCACCAGACGGUGGUAGCCUCGAGGUUCACCAUGCGCCUACUAUUACACAGUGCGCGAGAUGCGACCACGCGUGCAGCGGAAGCGGCCGUGACCAUGAGUGGCCAGUUCGUCGAGUGCGACCACGUGCCUUCUGCCGAGCACAGCCUCGACGUCUUCGGCUGCAGGCUACGCAUCCACCCACGUGACACGCUGCCGUGCGCGUCGACGAUGCUGAACGCCUUCAAGGCUGAGAGCAACGGCGACACGUACGGCGUGGCUGGACCGAGCAGCUGCAUUUGGAGGCUGCACGCGAGGUUCGGCCCGAACGGAGUAGACGGCAGUGCGACAAUCCCGACAGGAGUCGCCCGUCGUCUCCUCCAUCGCCGCACGGGUCGCUGCCGUCUGCUCGGCUGCACCUCGUCGCAGCUGCAGCGGCACAACAGCCCCAAGCUCUGCAGGCGGCCUUACAGCCUCCUCAGCUGCUCUUAUCCAAGCUGAGUCGCUGACCGUGCGUUCUCUCCUGACCACGUGACCAGCGACUUCAAAGUGGACUCGGAUCGCUGGCACGAUGGCCACACCAGACGUAUGUCAACGCACUGCUGGCUGCACUGCGUUCACCAGAUGGCCACCUUGCGCAGGGUUUGGCGAGGACGUCCUCGGCAACCGCUGCGAGCUAGUCGCCGUGUCGCUAUCCCGCGACGAUAGUGCAACGGAACUGUGGCGCCGCUUGCCGGGAGUGGGUGCACAUUUCUUUCGUAACAUUUUAUAUUUUUUUCAGUGUAUUUAUGUGAAAGUAGUAUUGUUAUGCGUGUUUAGAAUACAGUAUUUUGCGAUCGAAA